AUGGGUCAGUGCAUUUCAAAAUCUGGUAGAUUGGCAAACUUAACCGUUCUAUCAGAUUUGGCUAUUCUUGAAAUCUAUUUCAGUGACAAUAAACAUCAAAUUCGACUAAUGCCGAAUAUAAAAUCAUUAACACUUCAUUUACGAUCUUUAACAGAUUUACUUCAUAUUAUGCCAAGUGUGAUUAACAUUAUAGAAUUAAACCUAUCUAUACUUGAUUUUGGUGCGGAUUUUAGCAAAUACAACAAAUUAGAAUACCAAAAUCUUUUGAAUAAAUUACAUUUCGAACUUCAUCAAUCAUCAUCCUUACAAUUUAAACGAAUGAAAAAAUUUUUAUCCUUAUUUCAAAACCAGUUGCAAUCACUUACAUUGAUCGCCAUAUCAGGUAUCAAUGAAGAAUUUGCUAUUUUUUCGACCUUAUACAAACAAUUCAUUGUUCUUCUUCCAUCUGGCUUCGAUAAAGUUAAAAAAUUACCGGAUGAUACCUACGAGGUUUAUACAAGACUACGUCCUAUUAUUGUAUUUGAGAAACAUCGACCAUGUCAAAAUAAUUAUCGAAUUAAUUCCGAGAAAGAUCGUUCAUUGAAAGAAUUGUACAAUGUAACUUCAAUUGACCUCGAGGAUUGGUUACGACCUUUAUCCAUUAUUGUGGAACUCUCUUGUUCAUUUAUGCUUACAAAUCUACAUAAAGUUGCAUAUAAUGAAUCCACAGAAUCUUAG